AUGGACAAGUCUUCGUCUUCGUCUCACCGGCCGCGGACCGGGUCGUUGCAAGUCGACGAUCUGCUCUCGCCACCCCUCACCCCAGACCCGAGCGGUAACAAUGCGAUGGGCAUCAUGAACGGUCCCCGCAACACCUUCCCAGGAGCCCGCCCAGUAUCGCCAGACCCGAGUGUCUCCUCUAGUAGCUUCUCCAGCCCCGCCCGCCGGCCAGAUUCCGCCGGCCAGCCUACGAUCUCUUUCCAAGACUCGAGCAGUGAUACCGCUCACCAGGAUCACGACCACACCACAAAACACCCAAUCCGGUCCCACAGCGCCGAGCGAGCCCCAUCACCCUCCGUAGAUGGCGGCCACCAACACCAGCAUCACCCCAAGCCUCGACGCCUCUAUAGCGAUGGCCGCGAAGACGCCGCUUUCCCGCGGCUCUCCAAGCCCGUGGAGCUACUGCGCGGCUCGUACGACGUGGUGGUCAUUGGAUCUGGGUAUGGUGGUGGUGUGGCAGCUUCGCGCAUGGCGCGCACAGGCGAGUCGGUGUGUCUCCUGGAGCGGGGCAAGGAGAAGUGGCCUGGGGAGUACCCGUCGGGGGCGAUUGAUGCGGUGAAGGAGCUCCAUUGCUCGGGCAACCUAGCGCCGGGGAGUCUAAAAGGGAUUGGGGUGGAAGGCGGAGACCCUACGGGGAUGUUUCACUUGGUGCUAGGGAGGGGGCAGAGUGCGUUGGUGGGGAAUGGACUCGGAGGCACAAGCCUGAUCAACGCCAAUGUGUUCAUGGAGGCGGACAAGGAGACUUUGGCGAUGAAGGCGUGGCCGCCUGAGAUCCGGGAGGAUGUCGAUGCCUUGGAUAAGUACUACGAAAAGGCGGCCGAGGUCCUCGACCCGCAGGAGUACCCGGCCGAGUGGCCCGAGCUACCCAAGGCCAAGCUACUCCAGAAGCAGGCUGAGCUCAUGGGUCUAGGCGACAAGUUCAAGCGGGUACGGCAGACAACGAGGUUCAUCAACGGACCUAACAGCAUGGGCGUUGAGAUGUCCCCCUCGUCGCUCACGGGUCAGGACAGCACGGGCGUCAACGACGGGUCCAAGAACUCGACGCUGGUCACAUACGUGGCCGACGCCUGGAACUGGGGCGCCGAGCUGUUCUGCGAGUGCGAGGUGCGGUACAUUGAGAAGGCGGAGAAGGAUGACGGCUACCGCGUCUUCUUUGCCUGGCAUGGCCGAAAUAGGGGCCUCUUCAAGGCCAACUUGCAUGGCGACCUUAUGUGGGUGCAUGCGAAGAAGGCUGUAUUUCUCGGUGCUGGCGCCAUUGCGUCGACGGAGAUUCUGCUCCGGAGCAAGGCGAUGGGUCUGGAUAUGAGUGACUUGGUCGGGCACAACAUGAGUGGGAAUGGGGACAUGUUGGCGUUUGGGUACAACACCGACGAGACCGCGAACGCCAUCGGGCGGGAGAACCCGUCGCCGUACAACCCCAUCGGCCCAACCAUCACUAGCGUCAUUGACUGCCGCGAGGGCAAUGUAAACCACCUAGACGGCUUUGUGCUCGAGGAAGGGGCCGUUCCACACGCCCUGACGCCACUCUUCCAGGCCAUGCUUGACCUCAUGCCGGGCAAGAAGGCUCCUAAGAACGACACUAUCGUUGAGAGGACGCAGGCCGCCCUCGCGCGGUACGGCAGCCGGUUCCUGGGGCCGUACUUCAAGAACGGUGCGGUCGAGCGGACGCAGGUGUAUCUUGUCAUGUCGCACGACACCAACCAUGCCGUCCUGUCGCUCAAGGAUGACAAGCCGAUGCUGGAGUUCCUCGGCGUUUCCCGCAGCAACCAUGUCAAGAAGGUCAACAAGCUGCUCGAGCGGGCAACUGAGCUGGUGGGAGGAACCAUGGUGCAAAGCCCCUUUGCUGCGCUUCUGGGCCAGGAGAUCACGGUGCACCCCGUUGGUGGAGCAUGCAUGGCACGCGACAACACGGGCCGGACCGGUGUCACCAACCACGUCGGCCAGGUGUUCACCGGCCGGGGCAAAGAGGUCUACCCGGGCCUGAUUGUGACGGACGGUUCGGUGAUCCCAACAGCCCUCGGUGCCAACCCGUUUGCGACCAUCACGGCUCUGGCUGAGCGGUCCGUCGAGGCGUACGCGGCGUCGCAGGGGCUCACCAUCUGCCAAGACAGAAACGAGAACAUCGACCUGCUGGGCGAGCCGCAGCACGCACCCCGACGUCAGCACCCACGCCACCGGCGAGACAAGGUGAAGGCGUUCGAGGAGCAGGAGAGCAUCACGGUCGCCAACACGGUGAUCCGCAAGGCGCGCGACCUCAGCGCGGCCGGGUUCGGGUUCACCGAGGUCAUGUCCGGGUUUGUCCACUACGACGACGGCCUGGUCGAGGACACGCAGGAGACGUACGAGCUGGCGCACCGCGUGGCCAAGUCACUGUGCGAGAGCGCGCGCUUCUUCCUGAGCGUGCAGGCGUUUGACACAGACGAGAUGGUCAAUCAUUCGCAGCACCGUGGUAUGUUGACAGGCACGUUUGUAUGCCCCUCCAUCCCGGGCUCGCCCUUCAUGGUGCAGCGCGGCGAGUUCAACUUGUUCAUCCUCAACAACAAGGCGCCCGGCACGCGCAACCUGACGUACGACUUCGACAUGACGGGCGUCAACGGCCGGCGGCUGCACUUCCACGGCUACAAGGUCGUCGACUCGUCAGUGGCGCUGGCCCCGUUCCAGUUCUGGCGGGCCACCAGCACGCUGUACGUGACCGUCAGCGAGCAUGUGCCGGGCAUGUGCGCCGACCUGGACGACGAGGAGGCCUGGCGCCGCGGCCGGGUGCUGGCCAAGGGCAUGAUGCACAUCCAGCCCGCCGACUUCAUGUCGCAGAUCAGCACGAUGGCGCCCACGGGCAGCAACCUUGUGCGCAAGGCAGUCAGCGCCGCUAGCUUCCUGACCUACUUCACACGCAAGUCGCUGUCGCUGUUCUUGUCGCCCUUGACGCCGCUGCAGUACCCGACCAAGACCUUCAGCGGCUUCAUCAACAACACCCCGCCCAGCCAGAGCUUCGACAUCGUCGCCUCCGACGGCGUGUCUUCGCGCAUGCACAUGUGGGAACCCACCCACGUACCUGGCAACGAUCCGGCCAACAUCCGCAACCUGUUCAUGAUCCCCGGCGCCUCUGUUGACCACCAGAUCUUUGCCCUGCCCACCAUCCCCUACAACGCGGUCAACUACCUGACCCGCGCCGGCUACCGCGUCUUCGUCACCGUCCACCGCAUCAGCCAGCUGAUGAUCGCGGGUAGCAACUGGACCACCUUUGAUGCCCGCCUCGACCUGCGCGCCUGCCUUGAGCGCAUCCGCAAGGACUACGGCCCCCACAAGAUCUACACCAUCGCCCACUGCAUGGGCAGCGUCGCCUUCUCCUCGGGCCUGCUCGACGGCACCAUCCCGACCGACUGGAUCCUGGGCAUCACCUGCUCGCAGGUCUUCAUGAACCCCGUCUGGGGCCCGACCAACAUGGCAAAGGUCAUGGCCGGACCCGUGCCCAUGGACAAGCUGUACAACAUGUUCGCGGGUAGUUGGUUCUCGUGCAGCACCUCGACCUCCGAUACCCUCGUGCAAAAGGCCCUCAACCAGGUCCUGCGCCUGUACCCACAAGCCCGCCGCGAGAUGUGCAACAACGCGGCCUGCCACCGCACCUCGCUCGUUUUCGGCCGCUGCUGGAACCACAACAACCUCAACGAGGCCACCCACCGACAAAUCGACCGCUUCUUCGGCGGCGUCAACAUGACCCAACUCAACCUGCUCAUGAAGAUGGGCUUCGACGGCCACGUCAUGUCCAACGCGCCGCUAUACGACCCGCUCGACACGCCCGAGAAUGUCAAGCGCCUCCGCGGCAUCCCCAUCAUGAUGUUUGUCGGCCGUGACAACGCCGUGCUGUCCCCCGAGGCCACCGAGCGCACCUACGAGAUCUUGAGUGAUGCGUUCGAGGACGGUGAUUACAGCCGUCGUGUGGUGCCCGGGUAUGGCCACUUGGAUGGGUGGAUGGGCCGUAAUGCGUGGAAGGAUGUGUACCCGUUUGUGCGGGAGGAGGUUGAUCGGGUGACCAGGGGGGAGAGUUAUGAGUUUGUUGAGCCGGAUGAUCGGUUCAAGGCGAUGGUGCAUGGGGGGGAAUUGCUUUAUUGA